CGCUGCAGCCGGCGGCUGGCAGGGACCGGGCGACAUGGAUCGCUACGCGGGCGUCUUGGAGGAGGCGGUGGACGGGGCCCGGCAGCAGGAGCGGCACUACCAGCUGCUGUCGGCGCUGCAGAGCCUGGUCAAGGAGCUGCCCAGCUCCUUCCAGCAGCGGCUGUCCUACACCACGCUCAGCGACCUGGCCCUGGCGCUCCUCGACGGCACGGUGUUUGAGAUCGUGCAGGGACUGCUGGAGAUCCAGCACCUCACCGAGAAGAGCCUGUACAACCAGCGCCUGCGGCUGCAGAACGAGCACCGAGUGCUCAGGCAGGCGCUGCGACAGAAGCACCAGGAAGCCCAGCAGGGCUGCCAGCCCCACAACUUGCCCGUGCUCCAGGCGGCCCAGCAGCGUGAGCUGGAGGCAGUAGAGCACCGGAUCCGCGAGGAGCAGCGGGCGAUGGACCAGAAGAUCGUCCUGGAGUUGGACCGGAAGGUGGCAGACCAGCAGAGCACACUGGAGAAGGCGGGGGUCACUGGUUUCUAUGUGACUACCAACCCACAGGAGCUGACACUGCAGAUGAACCUGUUAGAACUCAUCCGGAAGCUGCAGCAGAGGGGCUGCCAGGCUGGGGGGGCAGCCCUGUGACCAGGUGGGGUCCCUGCCAGUUACCCACUGCCUGUCAGGGCUGGGAAGACUGCCCAUCCUACUGCCACCAGAGCCAGCGUAAAGCUGAGUGGCGCUCCUCUUCCUGACAUCUGGCCACCACCUUCCCAGCUGCCUGCAGGAGGGUUUGCCCUCCGAGGAGAGGCCAGGUGGACCUUGACUGCACCUGCUGCCCAUCUUUGUCUGGGUUUGUUUUGUCCAAAGGUAGGAUGGUAUGGUAAAGGGCAGAGCGGGCCCAGCCUGCCAGCUGGUGCCCCAGAGCUGGGCAAAGAGGGGGGCUGGAGGUCCUAGCACCUUCUCACUCCACUGGGCACAUCCCGACCUUGGUCAUGCCCUGGGCUUCAUGCUUGUUCUGGUCUCGCCCCCCCACCCCCCACCCCUUGGCACGUGCAGCCUCCAAGUGGGAGAGGCCUGACGCCCAAGCCCUGUGUGACCCAGAGAAAUAAAGACAUCUCAGUAUGGCC